AUGGAUACCUAUUAUAACACUUCAUUCACACAAUGGAAUAAUCAAUAUAACCAGAUAACUGCUAAACUUGAAUCAAUCACAUUAGAAAAAGAUUCCACAAUUAAUAAAUUCAAUGAAUUAGAGUUAAAAUAUAAAGAAGAACGUAAUAAUUGGUCAGAAAAACAAGGGGCACAAUUAGCUGAUAUAUUAGUAUUAAAAACAAAAUUAAAUGAAGAAGCUAAACGAUUGAAUACUUUACAUGAUGAAAAAAGACAAUUAAUUUCGAAUUUUGAACAAAGAAUAAACAGUUUAAAAGAAGAAAAUCAAUCCUUUGCACAUGAAAAUAAAAGUUUACAAGAGAAGAUAUCAAAUUUAACUGAACAAUUAACUAAUCAAUUAAAAAAAUAUGAUCUUUGUGAAAAAAAUUCUAAAGAAAAAGAACAAUGUUUACAAAAUGAGAUAAACAAUAUUUCUGACGAAUUAACUCAUGUCAAAAAACUCAAUGAACAAUUAAGUGCAGCAUUGGAAAUUGGUAAGAAGGAAAUAUUUGAAUUAAAGACUAGCAAAGAUUCACAAAAUGAAUUAUGUCAAAAGUUACAAGUUAAACUUCAAGAAAUGGAAAAAGAACUUAAAAUUCAACGGUGUGAUCAAAAGUUGGCUUUAGAAAAAGAAUUUAAACUAUCACUUGAGAAGAAGGAACUGGAAUUACAACAAUGUAAAAUUCAAACAAAUCAAAAAAUUGAACAGCUCACAUUAGAAGUCAAACAGAAAGAGAGAGAAAAUCUCGUUUUACAAGAAGAACAUCGUCGUAUUAUGGAAACAAUGAAAGAGGAAAUUAAUCAAUUAACUAAUAACAUGAACAAUUCCAAUUCAGUUCGAAUAGAACUUGAAAAUCAAGUUCAAAAAUAUCAACAAGAAGUUAAACAACUUUAUGCUACAGUUGAAAAAGAAUGUUGGGAAAGAGAUGAAUUAAACUCAGUAUUAGCUGAAACAAGGGAACAAUUAAUGAAAUUAAGUAAUUCAUCAGAACAAUCUGAAUCUAAACAAAAACAAUUUAAUCGAUAUGAAAAUCAAACAGAUGAUAAUCUAUUACCGCCAAUAUCUUCAUCGUCCGUGAAGUCUGAACAAUUUACCAAAUGUACUCUACCAAAAAGUUCAAAGAAUUCUAACCUUAAUAAUAAUAAUAAUAAUAAUAAUAAUAUUCCAAGGCGUUCUUUACAAAAUUCCAGGAACAUAAAAGAUACUUCUGGAUUAGCUGCUACACGAAGACAAAUUGCUGCCAUUAUUUCUGCAACAAAGUUUCGAUGUUAA